UCUGUGUUUAAUCUUUAAUAUUAUUUCAAUUCGAAGUUUAUAUUUAUUUCCUACGCUAAAUCUUUUCAACUAAAUGGCAAACAUUUGCAAAACAAAUUAAUAAUUUUCUGUAUUAAAAUAAACAAUAAUUGUAAAAUGUCUGAUCACGAGGAGACUCAGAUUAAAGUGGAGUUUAAACCGAAGAUACGAAAAAAUCUUCGUCAGCGUAAGGUAUCAGAAGAUUCAGAUGAAGAUAAAAAAACAAAUCAAGAAGUUUUAGCUAAGCUUGAAGAAACUAAAGAGAAGCAAAAGUUACGGAGUAAGCCAAAUGGAGUUAAUAUCCUUACCCUGGCAGCAGGAAAGAAAAUAACUAUAGAAGAAGAAGUUACCAACAAAGACCCCUUUAAUGUGAAAUCCGGAGGAAUGGUGAAUAUGAAAGCACUAAAAGCCGGAAAAAUUAAGACUGUGGAAGAUCCGUACGACACUGGGAUAGGAACGCAAUUUUCAGCUGAAACUAAUAAACGAGACGAAGAUGAAGAAAUGAUGAAGUACAUCGAAGAUCAGUUGAGCAAAAAGAAAGGACUCGCGAAAGAGUCGGCCGGAGAAAUUGAGCCCGAUUCUAGCGGUAAAUAUCUGAGCCCGGAAGAGGCGGCACUUCUUUCGCUGCCGGCUCAUCUCAGUCAAACCUCGUCCCAACGUUCGGAAGAAAUGCUCUCGAAUCAGAUGCUUAGCGGUAUUCCGGAGGUUGACCUUGGCAUUGAGGCGAAGAUAAAGAAUAUCGAAGCGACCGAGGAUGCCAAGCUGCGGUAUCUUCAGGAGCAGCAACGGAAAAAGGAUCUGCCGUCGCACUUCGUACCGUCCAACAUGGCUGUUAACUUUAUGCAGCACAAUCGAUUUAAGAUAGAUCAACCAGUGCAGCAGAAACGUCGGUAUCCGGAAGAACGUGGCCAAUACUCGAACGAGGAAAAAGCUCCCAAGAAAGCAACUGACGAUUAUCACUUCGAUAAGUUCAAAAAGCAGUAUCGGAGACAUUGAUAUUGUGCGAUAUUGUUCGAUAUUAUUUCAGUGAAUUAUAUGUUUUGUUAAAUAGAAAUGACCAGGAAAGACAUGUUUAAAAUUUUACUACUAGAUUACUUUGUGAUCAGAUUUUAAUACAGAAAAAGCUGCUAUCUAAUGACUUUACUUCUAUCACAAGUAAAAGGCCCUGAAAAUGAAAUUUACCUAAAAUAAUCACCAAGAAGUUUUGUUAUUUUAGUGCGAAUUAUUAGGCAACCUUUAGAGCAAGUGAAAAUAAAUGAGUAAAUUAAGUAGUCUUAAAUUGAAUUUAAGUGUUUUCUACCCUCUUUUACCAGGUUUUGAUAAUAUAAAGAUUGGAAUAAAAUUGUGACUUAUGCCGUUUUGUUUAUUAAA